AGGCGGAUGAAGGAAAAGCAACAGGGCUCACAUAGGCAUACAUCAUACUUCGAUUCAUGUUCACCGAUUCAAUUGCAUAGAUAGAAACUUGAAAACGAGGGGCUCGCGGGUCACGGGUCCAACCCAGCUGAGCCAGUGCUGGGUUCGGGAAACAGGGGCCCACGGCUACCCUCGGCGUUGUCCCAUCCUCGGCCUUACCUUACCGACACCCAGCAACCCGUGGAAUUUCCAUCCUCAAUUCCUCUUGCUCUUCCGUUUUCUAGACUCCGAAACUUUCUGAUUUCGAGCCGUUGAACUUCCUCCUUACACUCAGCAGACAGCGCGGCGUCCUCCCACAACCCAAUCCCACCCCACCACACAAUGCGCUCCCUCAAACGAACCUCCCGCCGCCUGCGGGCACCCAUCACUACUAUCACCACCACCUCCCCAUCCACCUCCUCCCCGCUCCUCCUCCAGCAGCAGCAGCAGCGUCCCACCCCGCGCCCGAUAUCCACCCACCCCGCCGGCUCGCAGACCACCACGGCCAUCAACCCCAUCAAAACCCUCCUGAUCGCCAACCGCGGCGAGAUCGCCCUGCGGAUCGCGCGCACGGCAGCAGCCAUGGGCAUCCGCACGACGACGCUGUACACGGACGUGGACGCGGGGUCGCAGCACGCCGGGUGCGCGGCGCACUCGCUCGCGCUCGGCCCCCGCCCGGCGGCCUACCUCGACGGCGCCCGCAUCGUCCGCCUCGCCCGCCAGCACGGCAUCCAGGCCCUGCACCCCGGGUAUGGGUUCUUGUCUGAGAAUCCGGCCUUUGCCCGCGCCUGUGAGGAGGCGGGGAUCGUCUUUGUGGGACCGCCGGCGGCCGCGAUGGCGGAUAUGGGCGAUAAGGCGCGCAGCAAGGAGAUCAUGACGGCGGCGGGCGUGCCCUGCGUGCCGGGGUACCAUGGCGCGGAGCAGACGCCGGAGGAGUUGAGGGUGAGGGCGAGGGAGAUUAGGUAUCCGGUGCUAUUGAAGAGCGUGAAGGGUGGUGGCGGGAAGGGGAUGCGGAUUGUGAAGACGGAUGAGGAGUUUGAGGCGCAGCUGAAGAGUGCGAGGGCAGAGGCGCGGGCGAGCUUUGGUGAUGGCGGGGAGGUCAUGCUGGUGGAGAAGUAUGUUGUCCGGCCGAGGCAUGUGGAGGUGCAAGUUUUUGCGGACAAGUAUGGGAAUUGCGUGGCGCUGGGCGAGCGGGACUGCAGCGUGCAGAGACGGCAUCAGAAGAUCCUCGAGGAGAGCCCGGCGCCGUUGCUGGAUGAUGUGACCCGGCACGAUCUCUGGGAUAAGGCGAGGACGGCUGCGCUCGCUGUGGGGUAUGUCGGCGCCGGCACGGUCGAAUUCAUCCUGGACAAGGACACGGGCGAGUUCUACUUCAUGGAGAUGAACACACGCCUGCAGGUGGAACAUCCCGUGAGUGAGAUGGUCACGGGCACGGAUUUGGUUGAGUGGCAGUUCCGGGUUGCUGCCGGUGAGCGGCUACCCCUGACGCAAGACGAGAUCGAGGCGCGCAUCCUGGAGCGCGGCGCCGCCAUCGAGGCUCGCAUUUACGCCGAGAACCCCGAGAAGGGAUUCUUCCCCGACUCGGGCAAGCUGGUGCACCUUGUCACCCCGCCGACCGACCCCGACGUGCGCAUCGACGCCGGCUUUGUCGAAGGCGAUACCGUGUCUGAGGCGUACGAUGGCAUGAUCGCCAAGUUGAUCGUGCGCGGCCGGGACCGCGAGACGGCGAUUCGCAAGAUGGAGCUCGCGCUGCGCGAGUACGAGGUGGUCGGCCUCAGCACAAAUAUCGAGUUCCUCAAGCGCCUGUGCCGCAGCCAGGCGUUCAUCGAAGGCGACGUCGAGACUGGGUUUAUUGACCUAUGGAAGGAGGAGCUCUUCCAGCCGAGGCCUGCCUCUGACGAGGUGUUUGCGCAGGCUGCGCUGGGCCUCCUCAGCGCGCAGAUCAAGUCACACGUCACUGCCGGGCCACAUGGUGGGACACUCGGCUUCGGCGAGAAGGGGCUGCAGACUAAGCGCAAAUUUGCCUUCCAGGUGCGGAACGAUGCCGCUGCCGAGGGGGAGAAGCCCGAAGUUGUCCAAGUGGAGGUUGCCCAGCAGGCGAAUGCACUCUACAGCGUGUCUGUGGCACGGAACAACAGUGAAACGCCCGUCGUCUUCGAGAACGUCGUCUGCGAACCAAGUCUCGCGUCUGCUACCAAGACGAAGGUCACCUCCUUCUUCCCCAUGGCGCGCGUCGAGUCGACCCUAGUGCAGGACCCGGCUGCUCCGGAGAAGCUCACCGUUUUCCAGCUGGGAGAGAAGACGGAGCUGACGCUGGUGCCGCCGGGCUGGUUCGAGAAGGCGCUGGGCCUGAAGGAGAUUGUGGGUAGCGUGGUGGCACCCAUGCCCUGCAAGAUCCUGAGGAACGAGGUGGCUGAGGGCCAGGAGGUUGAGAAGGGCGCUCCGCUUGUUGUUAUCGAGUCCAUGAAAAUGGAGACGGUCAUCCGGUCACCACAAAAGGGCGUUGUCAAGAGGCUGGCGCACAAGGAAGGGGAUAUUUGCAAGGCCGGGACAGUCCUGGUGUUGUUUGAGGACGUGGAAGGAGCCGAGCCGACUCAAUGAUGACGGUGAAGGCUCUCCCACAGUCGUCGGGUGAUGGCCACGUGGUGGUCUACUCGAGCGAGUGAUCCUGUAUACCCUCUGAGUAUUUUGUUCUACCUCGCUAGACAUUGUUUGGAUUCAAUGCUUAGUUGGUGCGAUAUUGGCGUUUAGAGAUGGACUCCCUGUCAGGUAGCACCACGUACAUACGGCAUGACUUAUGAAAUGGAUGUCAUAUUGAUAC